AUGGGAGGGUUAGGAAAAACCACACUGGUCAAGAAGGUUUUCGAGGAUGGACAAGUGAAGAGACACUUCCAAAGCCAUGCUUGGAUCACUGUUUCACAAUCAUUUGAUAUCGUGGUGCUCCUGAAGAGAAUGAUUAAAGAACUUGCAGUGCCUCCAAUAAAGGAACCUGUGGGUGUCGAUCAAUUGAAAGAAUCCAUCAAGCAAUUCCUCCAGGGAAAAAGGUACGUGAUUGUGUUAGACGAUGUAUGGACUAUAAAUGCAUGGGAUGACAUCAAGUAUGUGUUGUCUAACAACAAUUGUGGUAGUCGUGUACUGCUCACAACGCGUUUACUUGAUGUAGCCCGUGCUUCUACCUUUGAGUCUCAUGGCCAUGUCCAUGAAAUAAAGCCUUUGUCCGAUGAAGAUUCUUGGACUCUUUUCUGUAAAAAGACAUUCGAGGAUCAAUCUCGCCCUCGACAUUUGGAAGAAAUUUCACGAAAUAUAAUAAGAAAAUGUGAGGGAUUACCACUUGCAAUUGUGGCAAUUGGUGGCAUGUUGGCUUUAAAGGACAAAAGUAUAAUAGAUGAGUGGGAGAUGGUUCUGCGCAAUCUCACAGUUGCACACAAAGGAGGUUAUUUCAAUGAACUUCUCAAUAGAAGCUUAAUCCAAGUGGUGCGGACAACAAUAGAGGGAAGGCCUAAAGCAUGCCAAAUCCAUGAUCUUCUACGUGAAAUUAUUCUUUCCAAGUCGAGAGAGCAAAACAUUAUUACUUUGGCCAGCGAACUAGAUGUAAUAUGGCCAGAAAAAAUCCGACGCUUAGUAAUACAUGGUCAUGUACAAGCUGGACAAGAAAGCAAGUGUUUUCAUAGACUUCGGACUAUGCUUGUGUUGGGUGGUGGAUUUGCACCAUCCCUUUCAUCCGUAUCUAUAUUGGCACUCUUAAGACGAGGUCCUAAGUUGCUUAAGGUGUUAGAUUUAACAAAUGUUAGGUUGGGAACAUUCCCAGAUGAAGUUUGUGAACUAGUACAUCUUAGGUUUCUAAGCAUGAGGAAUACAUGGGUGGAUGUUAUUCCCAAAUCCAUUGGAAAGCUUUGGAACCUAGAGACUUUGGAUUUGACAGACACUAGCGUGGUUGAGUUGCCUGUCGAAAUAGGAAAGCUUCGGAAACUUCGACAUCUCGUGGAUCGGAUUGAAUAUUUAGGGGUGGGGUUUAAAACCUUAGCAGAAAUAGGAAAUUUGUCAUCCCUCCAAAAGCUUCUUGGAAUCGAAGCAAACCACAGUAUAGUGGAAAAGGUAGGGAAUCUUACCCAACUAAGGUCUUUAGGCAUUACGAAUUUAAGAAGAGGAGACGGAAGGGCAUUGCGCUUAUCCCUCGAAAAGCUGAUCAACCUUCGCUCUUUAUUUGUUCAGUCAGGACAAAGUGAUGAGAUCAUUGAUCUAACGUCUUUAACUUUAUCUCUUCCAUUCCUACAAAAGCUACAGUUGGGUGGACGUCUAGAGAAGUUACCACAUUGGAUACCUUCUCUUCAUAGCCUGCUGAAAGUCAGGUUAUGGGAUAGCGGGUUAAUGGAUAGCCAACUACAAUGCUUACAAGAUUUGCCCAAUCUCCUAGAACUUGGAUUGACUGAUGCUUAUUAUGGAGAAACAUUGUGUUUCAUUGCCGGGAAGUUCCGGAGGCUCAAGCGGUUAUUGCUUUCUUCGAUGGAAAAGUUGACAAGGGCUACGGUGGAGCAUGGCGCCAUGCCUAAUCUUGUAGAGCGAUCUAUUGAGAGCUGUGAUAACUUGAAGGAGUUGCCAUCAGGAAUUGAACAUCUAACCAAUCUUCAGUCGCUUUAUGUAAGCGGUAGGACUUCUUCAUGGAUUCACACCUUGGAGAAGAAUCAACACAAAGAAAGUGACGAUUGGCGAAAAAUUGCACACAUUCCGGAGGUCGAGUUAGUGACUUGGUAA